AUGUCCAAUAGCUUACCGCUCCAGUGGUUCAAUGACCGCCUCGGCACAGCUAACGGACUGGUCAAGCUCGGGGGUGGCGUCGGUGCCACCGUCAUGGCACUUGUUGUGCAGCAGCUCAUUGAUAAAGUCGGCAUCGCCUGGACCUUCCGCGUCAUCGCCUUGAUGUCUCUGGCUAGUGGGAUCCCGACCGCGCUGCUAAUUAGGGAGAGGGCACCACCAUCUUCCUCCUCGAUAAACAUGUCACCUUUCCGCAAUCUGACAUUCUUCUUUCUGUUCGUAGCCGGCUUUGUUGGCAUUUUCGCCCUUUACAUACCUUCUUUCUUCCUGCCUACUGUUGCCACCUCGAUAGGGCUCUCAUCCACGACUGCUGCAGCUGUCAUGGCUUGCUACAAUGCUUGCAUGGCCCUAGGCCGUCUGGCCUCGGGCAUCGCCUGCAACAAGUUCGGCUCCACCAACAUGCUCCUCGUGACCAUGGCCCUCAACGCUGCCACUAUGCUGGCAAUCUGGUCCGUUGCAUCCACCUUUGCUGUUCUCAUCAUAUUUACCGCCCUCAAUGGAAUUGCAAACGGGGCGUUCUUUGUCACCAUGCCGACGGCCGUCGGGAGGCUACUAGGUCCACAUGCAGCGCCUGCGGGCAUAGGCAUGGCCAUCGCCGGCUGGAGCAUCGGUGAUCUGCUGGGUAAUCCGAUCGCGGGCUUCUUGAUCGCGGCCACGCAUGCGGACCGAUGGGUGUGGUCUUAUUGUUAUAUGUACCUGAAUAACGCUGUUAUGUUUCUGUGUAAACGUAUCUUGGCUUGA